UUAUUAGUUUUGUGCAGUUUCUCGGAGUUAAUUAAUACUGAUAUAAUAAUGGAAACUAAAAUUUCGAUGUCGAAAGAGAACCAGCUUUGUUUCAGCGUGACUGUCAAGUUUAGCACUGUCGGAACGCCCUAGACUGUACUCAGGUCCGUUGAAGGCCACACUUCAAUGUGAACCUUCUAUAUGGUCGAAGGGUCGACAAGCUACUAUUAGUGCCAUCUGACAGCAAAGAUUCGUAAAGUAGCAAGUCGUGGUUCAUACCGUGUGUCAAGCUAUUUCUGACGAUAACGGCUGUAGCGGGAACACUCGAUAGGCUUUAGGUCGUAGGCAGCUGGGGCGGUCUGCAAUCUGUGCAUUACAUAAAUGCACAGCGACAGCUGGGAAGGUGACGAUGUCAUUUCUUUGCAAUCAACAGAAAAUCGGUUGGUCGCCGAAAAGCACAGAUUCAGUGUGAGUAUCCUCGUUGCUCGAAUUGCUCCAGCUGCGAUAUCCGGGUGAAGAAAAGAGGGACGGGGAGUGAACGACCGAGUGAGAGCUAAAUCAUUCGCUACAUGAGAGCGUUUAGCUUAGCAAUGAAAAAUAAGCUUGCGAACGGUACCGUAUGCGUGUGUAUAGCCUAUAAUAUGACAUCCAACAAUGGCUCGCUCUUAGAGAGGUUGUGAUAGUAAAAUCCGUUCGUCUUGUCCGGGACGCUUUCCAAUGCUAGCUAAUUAUACUCACGUAUGGAAGUUGUACGCUUGGUGUAUGUAAAGUUAGCUAUCUAUGCAGGUUUAUCGUCUCUCACUAAUAAAUUAUCUGGAAUGGGUAGUUGGUCUAUUCGGUAACAAUGGCAUAAUAAAAUGUCGUUGCUUUUUUUGCUUUAGCAGCAGACCCAUUGGUGACAAACGAGAAACUGGCGAAUUUUCAGUCGUUUAGGUAGCAGCAUGAGUCCCCGCGAUUGUGAUGAUAGCGCGGUGGAUUGCGAGUGUGCUUACCAAGUUUGGAAACACAGGAUAAUUUAUGUUAGAGUGACUCUGUUCCGUGACAAAGGCCAGCCGUCUGAAGUAAUGUUUAACAACUAAGAACUAUCAUGAAAUACAGAGGUCAUUUCUUAGAUGCCAAUAAAGAAAUUUAGUAAACGUUCCCAUCUUAAAUUAAAUUAUAUAUAAACUGUAUAAUCUAUUUUGUUAAUAGUUAUUGCCACUAUUUCUCAAUACAUUACGGUCGUUGUUUAUUCGUCUUCUGAUUUAGUUCACGCUGACACUUCGUCACUGUUACAGAGUCUUCAGAUGCUACUGAACAGAUGUUUUGCAUCGGAACAUACAAUGUUGGCUAUACAAUAGCCGUGAACGCAUAUUUUGUUUUCGAAGAUGACUGAGCUUUGGUUACAUGCAAAUGCCUAUUGUGGCAGCACUUCUCCGACAUCAAUUUCAGGCUCAGGUAACGCCUAUCCCUUAUUAGCUCAGAGAACUGCGUAAUAAAAUCACUUAUAUUAUUAUCAAUUUCAAUGUGCGCUGAUUAUUUCAAGUCCCUGUCGACCGCUAUUUAAUUGUGCAACUACUAUAGACAUAGGUAUUUAUUUAGCUUGACCUUAAACAGCAUUGAAGGUUGCGGGAUCGCCAUACUGAGUAGGGCUAGUUCUUAACGUUGCUACCUACGCAUUACCGACCUCUUCAACGUAAUAACAUCAUUAAUCCACUUGAGGCCGUCGACAACAUAUACUAUACGAACGGCGGAGUGGCCCUGUUCCCUGUCCGGGCCUACUAGUACACGCAAAAUAAACCUAAGUGUCCGUGAGUCCGGAUCAGCGUUGCUGCCACGCCAACGCCUUCCACCAAAAUUUCAAUGCUUAGUCAGUUGCAACGGCCCGUUGAAAUCGGCCGAGACCAGCGAAGAAGCAAGCUCAAGUGCUCACUUCCUUUCAGCCUUCGUUUGUGGACCCGAUGGCACGACCUGUUCAGCUUGUUCACCUCUUACCCUCGCAUGCGCCGAUUAGCCAAAGGCCAAGACUUGCUGACAUUUCUUUACAGAAUCACUAUCUAGCCUUUUUUAGGGCUUCUUCUGAUGGUUACUCAUUAUAAGUUUCUGAUCGUUAUGUACGGUGAGUUGGGCACUGCGACCCGUCCUACCCUUACCGCUAGAACUGUGCAGUGAAGUGAAACGCGAAGAUUACAAACUCAAUAUGGCGCGCGAUCUUCACUGGCUACGGACAUCACCAUCUUCUUCUAGUUCAGAUUGAGUCAAAAAACAGAAUCAUAUAUGUCAUUAGACACACGUAAUACUGGAUUAGCUGUUGUGCGUAAAUUAAGCUGAAGUGCUGCGUGCAAUAGUGAACAAAUUCGAGGGUGCUCUGAUUACGGGAGUGCGCCGGAGUUCAUGAAGGGUUCGAGAACUGAAUGAGAGAGUUCCCUUUUUAGCCAUUCCGUGAGAGCUUUGUGCUCAUUUCGCCAAACGUCUUAUUGCUAAGCUGCCAGUCAGAAAUUCUGUUUGAAAAAUCAUCCGAAAGGUGGAACUUACUUCAAAUCCAUUGCUUAACAAAGAUAGGAAAAAAUGGCCAUUGGUGAACGCGCCUGGAAGGCUGUUCGCUGGGGAGCGACUACAAUAGUUACAAUCGUCGCCAGUGUUUUUGGCGCUGUUUGGUCGCUGUUGGCGCCAUGGUCUCGUAUUCGACGAGCCCCAUUUUUAACCGAACAACCUCAUUCGGACAGUUGCAAUAAAGCAGUUUGCUGUGGAAUGGAUCUAACAACGCACAGAAAGAACCCCUGGAUAAAGCCUUGUCAUUGCAAGUUCAAUACAAUCCUCUACGUCAACUUGGCCCCAAAGUACAAAAAUUACAAGGAUUCAUUUGAAGAGGCGGAACGGCAAGUCCAUCUGGCAGUGCGCAAACCUCAGGCUUCUACAGCGUCGACCGUUGGGCCAGAUAACAAUUUGAGAGCAUCCCGAGACACCCCAUCACCGACUCCGACUCCGACUUCUGCCAGCGGUCCUGGACAAACCUCACCUGGAUCCAAGGGUGGACGAGAUCCUCGCGGACAGUCAUUGACGUUGCGUCAAGGUGCACAGAUUGCCCGCCAUAGACCGCCCGAAGCACGCCAUAUAAAAGCAACAAAUUUAUAAGGGAUGAAGGUGAAUGACAUAGUAAUAGUUACUUUACGUAUCUUUAGGAGGCUUGGAAGACAUGAGAGUUUCAUUUUGCCAUACCGCGCCCGAGGCAACUGCAGUUGUCAGUGCUUCGAGUGUCACGCUACGCAGCUUAACCUCAAGCGAUUUCUGCGCAGUUAAGAAAUCAGCUGUGCAACGAUACCGGCUAUGUUUAUAAUUUACAUUGUACGAGAUGCUAUUGUUUUAAGAGCACUAAUUGCUCAAUAAAUUUCUUCAUCUCUAUGUUUUUAUAAGAGACGUUUUUCUAAUUCGGUCAGGUUGGACCAGUGUGUCGACAGACGAAAUUCGGCUACUGUGUUUGCUUGACGUUCGCGUCCAGUUUCUCCGCUACAGGGAGCUACAGCUGUGAUAAAUAGACUUAACAUAAGAACGGUCUAAUAAGGAGACUAGCGGUCAAACAUGGGCUUCUACAGACCAACGUAGAUUAGAAAACGUAAUUGCAUAGGCAGUGCUAUCGAGAAAGUUCACCUUUGAAUAUGUUAAGGCCUUCCAGUGACGCCAUUCGGCCUGCUGGGAGAAAAAGAAUUUCGUGAGAGAAUAACAAUUAAUAACGAAGGCUCUGACCGUACAAUUCUGUUUGGCUAUCAAGCGUGUCACGACCAGAGAUGUUGGAGACCUCCCGGCAGCGGACAACUGUAGGUAAAGAUUUGCCACAUAUAAUUCCGCUUAGAAAGUAAUUCGUUUAGCAACCAUCCGCGGCGCCAUCCGAAAUUGCAUCGUCGUUAAAAAUCAGCUUGAAAUAUGUAGCUCUAUUUUGAAGCUGGCUUGGUUAUCGAAUAAAAAAAAAGUUCCGUGAAUUUACUCAAUGCUCUGAUUGCUAGAUGGAAAUUCUCACUUGCUCACUGAGAUAAUGUCUAAAGUCUAGCCUAAUUUUGGUCGUCUAAAUAGGUUUACGCGUCGA